UUUCGGUCUUGUCUCCCCCCCUUGUCUCUUUGCGUAACUUUUCUUCCUCCUUCUGCGACCAAAUUCAGGUCUGUCGUUACAUUUCGCGCCUCUUUCAAUAUCCACUCAAUUCCAACUUCAACCUGCGGACCCCGUAUUCACUGCCGGUUUUCCUCUGGACUCUCGCGGCGCGUAGACGAUCCCGCGAUCUCCACUCCGUCAUUGAGAGACAAUAAUCCCUCCCGGCUUGGCUUGGGUUUGUUGGAGACGUGAGGCGAAGGAAACCUUGCCUCGGCCGCCCGUCGCUCUAGUCUGUUCUACGGAUAUCCCCCUCUGUACGGAUACACAUCUUAAAUACGACCGCCAACGCGCCCUCUCGGGCGAGGGCGCCUUCAGACAUCACGAGUUCCCCAAGUUGCCACCGCCCGACACUCAGUAUACGAAGAGUCUCAACCAGUUCGGCGGAGUUGAAACAGAGCUUCAAGACGGAUUUGAAGGCUCUUUGUGUUCCCCUGCCGACAUGAUUGCGUAUCGGCCUCGAAUCGUGUUUUGUUGAACUCGUUAUUGGCCCUUGUUUCUACACCUCUGCAUUGCUUUCUUUCCAUUGUUUUGAUUCAGCAUUUUGUUUAGAAGAGACUCUCGUCUCUUGUCGCAAGGCAUCAUAAUCAGCAGUUCCACUGUUACCAACCGCCAAGCCAGACCUCUUUUACACGUAAUCCGAUACUUGAUCCACUCGACGACGAAAACGACGGCGACGACAACGACGGCCAUGGUAUCUAACAUCGACGAAAAGGCGGUCCUGCCGGGUCGACGCCCCUCGCCCGCGCAGGACGCCACACGGAACGACAGCACCGGCACCGGCACCGGCUCCGGCAACCGGACCUCGCGCAGGCCGGGCGGCUGGUGGAAAGUGCACCUUUUCCGCGGCAUGGUCAACGACCUCCGUCGUCGGGCGCCUUUUUACGUCAGUGACUGGACCGAUGCCUGGGACUAUCGUGUGGUACCAGCCACGGUCUACAUGUAUUUUGCAAACAUCUUGCCCGCUUUGGCAUUCUCCCUCGACAUGUUUACGAGCACGGGAUCGACGUACGGAGUCAACGAGGUCCUCCUAGCUUCCGUUCUCGGGGCUGUGGUCUUCUCUCUACUGGCUUGCCAACCUCUGGUCAUUGUCGGCGUCACAGGCCCCAUCACCGUCUUCAACUACACCGUGUACGACAUCAUGGAGCCAACCGGCACAAACUACCUAGCAUUCAUGUGCUGGAUCGGCCUGUGGUCACUAGUUUUCCACUGGAUCCUCGCCGUCACGAACUCGUGCAACUGGCUCCGCUACGUCACGCGCUUCCCCUGCGACAUCUUCGGCUUCUACGUGGCCUUCAUCUACCUCCAAAAGGGCAUCCAGGUCCUCCAGAGGCUGGGCGACGCCGAGCCCUUUUACCUCUCUAUCGUCGCCGCCCUGCUCGUCUUCAUGGUCGCCUACCUCUGCGCCGGUGUCGGCGGGAGCAGCCUGUUCCACCACCACGUCCGCGUCUUCCUCAAGGACUACGGCACCCCGCUCACCCUCAUCUUCUUUACGGGGUUUGUGCACAUUGGCAGGAUGGAGCCCGUCGAUCUGGAGGUGCUGCCUACUGGUAUCGCCUUCAUGCCCACGGCGGAUAGGAGUUGGCUUGUGGACUUUUGGAACAUUCCUGUCGGGGAUGUCUUCCUGGCCAUUCCCUUUGCCAUCCUCUUGACCAUUUUGUUUUGGUUCGAUCACAACGUAUCUUCACUCAUCGCACAGGGAACCGAGUUCCCGCUCAAGAAACCCGCUGGAUUCCACUGGGACCUCUUCUUGCUCGGCCUCACAACGGGCGUGGCGGGCAUCCUCGGCCUGCCGUUCCCAAACGGCCUCAUCCCGCAAGCCCCGUUUCACACCGACUCCCUGACAGUCAGCAAAUCAGAACCCGAGACGGACGAAAAGGGCGAGUUCAAGGGCAGCUACGUGACAAAGGCCUCGCAUGUGGUAGAACAGCGCGUGUCCAACCUGGCCCAGGGCCUCCUGACCCUCGGCACGAUGACGGGCCCCCUGCUCGUCGUCCUCCACCUCAUCCCGCACGGCGUGCUCGCCGGCCUCUUCUUCGUCAUGGGCGUGCAGGCCCUCGAGGGCAACGGCAUCACCCUCAAGAUCCUCUUCCUCCUGCGCGACAAGAACCUGACGCCGCCGGGCCACCCGCUGAAGCAGAUCCGUCGGCGCCGCGCCAUCUGGGAGUUUGUGGCUAUCGAGCUCGUCGGGUUCGGCGCCACGUUUGCCAUCACGCAGACCGUCGCCGCCGUGGGGUUCCCCGUUUUUAUCAUGCUGCUUAUCCCUAUCCGCGCCUGGCUUCUGCCGCGCUGGUUCUCGCCCGAGGAGCUGGGCGCGCUUGACGAGGCUACGGCGUCGCCUUUUACUAUGGAGGGUAUCGGUGGUGUACAUGGGGGCGGGGACUCGGGCGAUGAUUCGGACGGGACGCGGGUGUCUGAUUAUGAUAAUGAUGGGGAGGAGGGACGUGGUGGUAGGCAGGCAUCGGGGAACGGAGAUGGCAUCUUUGCGUCGGCGGAGGAACCGGGGAGAAGUCGGGAAGACGUGGCGGAGAUGGGACAGUCGCGGAGUGUGCAGGGUGCGGGAACGACGACGAGGAGAGGAGGGCACGCUGCGACGGCUGAUUGA